AAAUGAAUUCCUACCAAGAGUUAAUUUGUAACGGAGAGAGCAACGCACAGUACUCAGGUGCUUACCUUCCAACAGAGGCCAGGCUGCCACACUUGGACCAGAGGACAAGUUUAAAAUUUAGCUGUGGGAGCGAAGAAGGGCGCUAUGCACUUGGCACGGAGUUUCCCCUGCAGCACCGCGUCUCUUCAUUCCCCAGUACCGCCCAAGCUCCUCCGCAGCACUAUGGGUUUGCGAAUGCGAGUGAUGCUUUCCAUGCCGGGAGUCUGCACAUAGCCUUCGGGGCUACAUCCGCCUAUACGCAAAAUCAGGGUUACUCAUCCACGGCGACUUGCAGUCACCUCUCUCACCCGGCAACCUCUUACCCCGGCGCCCCGGAUCAGGACUUCAACAGACAUCAAUACCAAUCCACAAAGAAGAUUCCAGCGAACUUACCCGGGCAGCACUCCGGACUGAGGUCAAUUAAAACACAUUCUCAGUUACACACUCAGGAAAUAACAAAGAUUCACCUGACAGUCACUGGCAGUCCCGGUAACUCGAGCGACGUCACUCAGCAACCUCAACCUGGCAACAGUUACCUUAACAAAACUUUCCAGUGGAUGAAAGUUAAGCGCAACCAACACAGGGCAGCAUGCCUGGCAAUGGAAGAGGAAAACAGACAGGGGUGUCCCAGUCGACACACUAAAGCACUACAUGGACAAUCAGUGGACAUAAUCACUCACACAUGCACACGCAGACACACUAUUGCAUACUUUGGCCUGGGGCUUGGUGUCCACGCUGAUUGUGACGGCGGCAGGAGUUUUGUGCGGCGAGGGCAGCCUCCCGUCGGCAGCGCUCCGAGGACCAACUUCACCACCAAGCAGCUGACCGAGCUGGAGAAGGAGUUCCAUUUCAACAAGUACCUGACGCGGGCCAGGAGGGUGGAGAUCGCCAGCUCCAUGCAGCUCAACGAGACUCAGGUCAAGAUCUGGUUCCAGAACAGACGGAUGAAGCAGAAGAAGAGGGAGAGGGAGGGGCUUGUGUUGGCACCACCGGCCUCAUCAGGAAGCGGGCCGGAGGACUCGCCGUCCGAAAAGUCAGACGCCAGCUCCUCUCCAGCCCCCUCCCCCCCCCCUGCCCAAACCCUUGCCCCCGGACACUCUAACUAG